AUGGCCGCCGCAGCAUCAGACGAAAUCGCCGCUAAGGCAGAGAGCAUCAUCUCUCACAUGAACAAUGACCACAAGGACUCGCUGGCCUACCUCGCAACCCACUAUGGCGACCUCCUCCACCCUCUCAAGCCCAACCAGGUGCUCAUGACAAAGAUCGACAAGGAGCGCCUCGAAAUCGUCUACACCACCGACAAGAGUUCUGUCCCCAUUGCAGGCAAGCCUGGCUCCAAGACCGUCCAUGUUCCCUUCUAUCCACACCUUGCCGGCUACUCCGAAGUGCGACAGCGUCUCGUUGACGUUUCGGCGCUUUCAAAGAAGGUCGUCACCACUCGAAAGCCUGACAUCGUGUACCGCACACCCAAGCUUGCGUUUCCUGCAUUGGCCUUGUGCGUUUUCGCAUACUUGGCUCUUCGCUCAGACGCACUCGCAUCGCACGCCAUUGUCCAGUCUCUCGUCCCAGAUGACAAGUUGACCCAGUGGAACAACUUGCGCAACAACACCUUUGGCGGCCCUGCCAAGAUCGAUGCCUUCGUCAAGAGCAUCGUUCGAGCUCACUUGCUGGAGGGUGCUCUGAUGGCGCUCGUCUGCUACUGGAAAGGCGCAAGCAAGCUGGUGACCGUUCGAUGGGCCUUUACUACUAUGGCACUCGGUAUUCCUUCAUGGGUCAUUUUCUUUACGCUCAACUCGCAAAAGAGGGCUCUCAAGAGGGCAGUCCAGUUCGACGCUGAUAAGAGGAAGAAGAACAACUAG